UGUCAAACAAGAAGGUCAGGCGACAUUUCUCUUUACAACCGCAGUACGUCGUAUACACCCUCACAUAACAUGUACACACCACACCACAUCACACACACUCUCACACAACGCAUAGUGGACCAUCAGACGUGGCCCAUUCAAUCAUCAUUCGCUUUAUUAUUACUCACACGUUCUCUUCAACAGAGAACUUGCCGCAGUGCUUUCUGUUUUCCCCGUGAACAAGUUUCUCUUUUCUCUCUCUUUCUUUCUUUCUUUGUUUUUUUUCCCUUCCCCUGUUUUCAUUUUCCCUCGAUCUUACAACAAAUACUAGAAAAGAAUGACCUCUUCUACUGACCUGGAUGAAUUCCGAAACCAAUGGAAGCAAGAAGUCGUCCAACGCGCAAAAAAGUCCGUGCCCCUUCCUGCUGACUCGCCGUUUGCGACACCGCCUUCGUCUCCGCCGCUCAAGCCAACGACAACAGGAGCAAAAGAGCUCGAGGAAGAGUCCUCUAUUGUUGUUGCUGUUGACCACAGCUGUACUAACAGUAACGAUGAUGAUCAUCGUGGUCCUGACACUGAAGCAGCAGUGGAGCAAGGGGCGGCAAGUCCAUCGCUAGCUAUUGACAUGUAUCGCAUGGCCAUGGAUAUGGAACGCAAGGGACAGUUAGGCCAAGCACUACUGCAUUACCGGCGAGCAUUCAAAUUAGACCCGGACGUUGACAGAGCGUACAGGAAGCUCGAGAUGCUAUCAACAUCUUUAUCUUCGCUAUCACCUUUUGUUGCCGAGUCUGUAACUCGCGCAGCAACAGUAGCAGGAGGAGCGACCCCCCAUCACCAUCUUCAACAACAACAACAACAACAGCAACAGUACCUUUACCGUCAAUGUGACCCAUUAGUUGCUGCCGCAACAGCUGACGGCAGUGAUAUUCGCACUUUGCUCGGCUACCCGCAUCACGAGUACCCACUGUCAACAACUUUGACAAGAGAAUCAGUACUGUCAAAAGAACAAGGAGGGCCAGGCACCAGCAGUAGUAGUACAAGUAUUGUGAUUGACCCAUUAAAUGCACUUAUCCGAGAAUUCAGUCAACAAGAUCUCGCGUAUAUACCUAUUGUUGAUUACAAGCCUGUGGCUAUUGCUAAACUUCCCGAUGAAAUGCUUGUACAUGUGCUUGGCCACUUGGUCCUUUAUUCCAUAGCUACGAUGCCGACUUUUGCACUGGUUUGCAAGCGGUUCUUUUUGGCGACGCGCUCUGCGAGUCUGUGGCGUCAUGCAUGCGAGCACAUGUUCCGUGCGCCAGGGAUGACACUUGUCCAGUCGCGUUAUUACCAGGCCGAAUUCGUCAAUACCCUCUACGAUGGCUACUGGCUUAAAAUGUUCAUUGAGCGGCCGCGUCUGCGCUAUGAUGGUGUUUACAUUUCCGUCUGCCAAUACAUCAGACCGGGCACGUCAGAAUCAGCAUGGACGCAGCCAGUGCAUUUAGUUACGUAUUAUCGAUAUCUACGGUUCUUCCCAGACGGUAGUAUCGUCAAGUAUCUUUCAACAGAUGAGCCAGCUGACGUGAUUCGGCUGCUUACUCCGGAAUUUGCGCGCCGUCAAGUCUUUCAUGGCAGGUUCUGUCUUGAUGACGACAGUGGUCAAGUGGCCGUAGACAUGCGCGACAAAACACGACCUAGAGACCGGUUCCAAAUGAUGCUCUACAUUAAAGGCACGAGCCGUGGCCGACACAACAAGCUGGGAUGGUUAUCGUACACGAGCAAGAAGGAUGGUCGAGAGGAUGGAACAACGUAUGAUUUGAAACUCAUGCGACCCUACUUCUUUAGCGUGGUGCGUAGCUAUAGAAAACAGGUGUAGUUUUGAAACUCAGCCGAUUUAAAGUGUGUUUGAAGUUUUGUAAGAAUAAAAACAUAUGAGAACGAG